GCGUAAGCGCGAGCCGUCUACGUCAUUGUCCUGCGUCUCUUAGCUGUUACUUCGACUUCUCUUGAAGAUGUCUAACAGAAUUAUAGCAUUGUGAAAGAGAACAGCAACACUAAAUAUAUAUAUCGCUACUAGAAAGUAAUUUUGCAGGCAGGAAGUUUUUUUUUUUUUAUAUAUUUUUCCAAUAUCUAUUUUUUAUGGAGCAGUUCUGAAGUUGGUGAAAUUUCUCCUUAUAUCAAAAAGCUUUAAACAGAAGAUUUCACUAGACUAUAUAUAUAUAUACAUGAGAAAAUGGCUGAUGCCGAAGAAGUGAUAGAUAGCUACCGUUCGUCUCUUGCUGACUUGACGAUUAAUAGCAAGCCACUAAUCAGUAUGUUGACCAUGCUUGCCGAAGAUCAUAUCCAGUAUGCCCAACACAUCGUUCAGCUGAUCGAGCAGCAUUUACAAAAGGUGAAACCAUCACAGAAAUUGCCAGUUCUAUAUUUGAUUGAUUCGAUAAUAAAGAAUCUGGAUGAUUGUGAAUAUCCUCAGCUUUUCAGCAAAAAUAUAGUUGCUAUAUUUUGUGAUACUUUUGAAAAGGUGGAUGAAAAAACCAGAGGAUCCAUGUACAAACUUAGACAGACUUGGCAGAUGUUUUUCCCUAACCAGAAACUAUAUGCACUUGAUAUGCGCGUGAACAUGUUGGAUCCAGCUUGGCCCAUCAUCGCAGAUCCUCCUGGACAAGGAAACAUACAUGUGAACCCAAGAUUUUUAGUCCAGAAAGAGGAAGAAAGAAAACCUGUUGAGCAACCAGAAACUUUGAUGAGAAAACAGUUGAUAGCUAAGCAGCAAGAAUUACUGGGAAUAUUGCAGCAGCAGGUGGACCAUGACUCAACAGAGCCUUCAGCUAAUUCACCAGAACGUAUCAACAAGCACCAGGACAAUGACUUCUCUGUGAUUAACGAUUCAUCAAAUGCACCAGUUUCCAAAAAAGCUAAAUUGCCUUUACCUAAAACCGAUUUUGUAGCAUCACGUGAUCAAAAGAUUAAUAAUAGGCAAGAUAAUACAAGCUUGAUACAGACUACCCCUUCUGUAACACUAUCUGCCAAAGCCAGAGACCCACGUCUAGCCAGAGAUCCGCGCUUAGCAUCUAGAGAUCCUAGGAUUCAAACUAUUAGUCGCAAAAACAAAGAGGAGUCUAAUAACACGGGAGCAGCUGAAAAGGAGUCUGCAAAUACAAACACUCUUGUUCUCAAAUAUAGUUUACCAUCUAAUAUGCAUAAUUUCGAUGCUGGUGUGUCUCCCUGUCAUACAAUUCCUGUCUCUAGAGACACACAGAGGCUAGAGAUUACUCCCAAAAUAGCUAUUGAUGAUUCAAAUGCCAUUAAAAAGAAAUUGCCAAAGGGUGAGAUAGAUGCUACAAAUGAACAGAUGUUUUUACCUAGCCUUCCUUGUGAUUCAGAAGUAAGACAUCCAACAAGUAUUUCUUCAGUUCCUGAUAGACUUUUAGGUAAAACCAAUUCUGGAAAUUUCAUGGAAUUAAGUGCCACUGAAGAUUCAAGGUUUUCUUCUGAAGGCUCAUCGAUGGAUGUGACACCACAGCCAUCAAACACUGUUACACCUCAUUCAGCUCUCAGUAGUUCUAAAUUAGGUGAGGAAUCUGUUGAUUUAAUAAACAAGCCUAUACAGUUUUCUGGAGAUUAUCUCAAAGCAGAUACUUGCAUUCCAAGUAAAACACUAAGUGAAGAAGACAAGCAUAGUGAUAAAUACCAGACUGGUGAUAAGAUACGAUCUUCGUCGAGGGAUCGACAAAAGGCCGGUGAUGAUGGGGACAAAUGCCGUAGACGGGAUGACCGAGAGAAUUUGCGCGAACAUGGUCGUCACAGUCGAGACUUUAGAGGUAGUCGGCGUGGUGAACGUCGGGAGGAUGAUACACGAAGAUUUGGUGAUAAGGAUGAAGAUAGGCGUAAUCGACACCGAGAGGAUGAAUAUCGUGACCGUAACACAGAUAGGUUUGGGCGUGAGCGACGUAGUAAAGAUAGGUUUUCUAGUCGGUACAGAGAUCGCUAUGAUGAUGAUGACCAUGAGAGAUCUAGAUGGCGAAGAGGUAGAGACCGAUCUCCUUUUCGGCGUUCGCCUGAGUCAAGUGGUGCACGUAAUUGGCAUCAGGAAGAAAGGAAAUAUAAAGAUCAAAGAUCUGACAUGUGGAAAAACUCUGUAGAUGGGCAUAUGUCUCACAAUGAUAAUAAUGACCAGAUGUCUUCAAAAGGGAAUCAAAUGCGUCGCAGUCCAAAUCAUAGCAAGUCUAUCUCUAGCAAUAGUAGGCAUGAUAAUUCUGGUCCCAAGGAAAGUCUUAAUGGGAAAUCAUCUGAUGAGAAAAAUCUUAAGAGAGAUAGGGAUUAUAGAGAGGUCUCCCUAGUAAAUGCAUCUGAGUGUGGCUUGUCAGGACCAACUAGUCAAAAGCAAAUUUGUCCAGAUCCAGGAAUUGAUGUGCCAGAGUCUUCCAGUACAAAAGAAGAUUUAAGUGAUUUAUUUGGUAAAGAAGAUCAAGAUUACAGAGUACCACCUAGCAGAAUGAAUGAUCACCACGUCCCGUUUAUGAGAAGUGGUAGUCACUCAGGUUGGGCAAAAUUCAAAGCAGAUCAUCCUGAUAACUUUGCAGAGGAAAAUGAUGCAUGUACAACUCCAAAGGAUAUUGAUGAACGCUACAAAGAUGUUGAUAUGCGUUGGAAUUCAGGUCAGAGGCCCGGCUGCUUGCAGAAUGCAUUUAAAUCUCCAUAUUCUGGAAGAACAUUAGAUUCUGCUACGAGAAAUGAACAUACUAACUUAAUUAUAGGUGCAGCGAAACUAGCUCAGUCAGGCAAAUUGUCUCAUGAAGAGCAUCAGUUAUUUCUAAAGCAAAUUGGUAAUUUGCAGAAUACUUAUGAUAAGUCUAGUAAAGAUCUUGAUCAUUAUGAAGAUGGUCAAAAUUUUGAUCAAAGGUCCCAUGACAUUAAAAACUACCAUGUACAUGAUCAGAUAAAAUCAAACAAGUGGGUGUCAGAAAUAAAUUCUGACGUUAAUUCCCACAGUCCUCAAAGAGAUACAUCCCAUUUAUUUCUCUCUAAUCAUCAUCAAGAUGCUGAUAUGAGAAAUCAAGUUAAUGAAAUGCCUCCAUGUAUUGUCCCACUUUCUAACCAACCACAUCCAGUCCACUCCAAUAAUGCACCUUGGGGUCCAGGUCCAUUAAUGCAACCUGAUUUGGUAGAUCCACGAUGGAAAGGAAAUGCAGUUGUAAUGGAUAGUGAAAUGUCUGAAGUUGUGAUUGACCAUAAACCUUAUGAAGUUGUACUCAAUGGAAAGCGUCGAAAAAUUAGGUUGCAUGGAAAAGUAUUUGAAAUGUUUGCUGAUGGUAGAGAAAGAGCUAUAUCAAUAAACAACCACUUAUAUUACCGAUUUGGUGAGGAUACUAAAGAUGUACAAAUUGAUGGUCGCUGGCACAGAAUACAUUAUCAGGGCCAACCUAAACAUUUAUGGAUUGAUGGACAAAGUUUUGAGGUACGAGUAGAUGCACCACCAAGGCGCAUUGUUCUUAACAAAGUUGAACACUUUCUACACAUUGAUGGAAGAGAUAUGAUGAUUUUUGUUGAUAGAGUAAAACAGGGCAUAUUUGGUGGACCAACAAGGAGUAUAUUUAUUAACAAUAUUUGCCAUGAAAUACGUUUUGAUCCUCCACCAAGGCAAAUUUUGAUUGAUAGUAAGCAAUGUGAAUUAAAAUUGAACUGCCGUAUACCUUUUGUUGUUAUUGAUGGCAAACCACAUGGUAUCAGGUUUGAUGGUCCAGAUCGGGAAAUUAUCAUAGACGAAACUCCAUACAUGGUUCCACUUGAUAAACCAAUUAAAAUUCGUCUUGGCAAACGUCCUCAUUUUCUUGCAUUUGGUGGCCCUGCACAUGAAGUUAUUAUUGAUGGUAAAUGGUUUGAAGUUCGAUUUGACGGUCCACCAGUAGAAAUACAUCUUGGUAACAGAACACACACUGUCAUGCUGAAAGGGGCCUCUCCUACAGUAAAAAUUCUCGGAGAGUUGCCUAUUACCCCUGAACCUAAUAGACCACAAUUUACUUUUGGUAAUUCAAAUAUGUUUGCUCCGGCACCUCUAGUUAAUAACUUUAAUCGACCAAGAGUACCAGAUAACUUUCAGCCAAGACCUCCACAUUGGGAUGUUACUUUUGAAAGGAGACAAAAUCAACCAGACACAAUGACAAUGAUUCGACCAUCUCAUUUCCCACCAGAGAGACCUUUGGAAGGUUUACGGUUCCCAACAAUAUCUCCCAUCAUUGGGUCAACUUCUGUACAACCACUUCCAGCUCCCAGUUUAAUGAAUAGUGGCCAGCCACCAUUUUAUCCCAACAUGGCAGGAACUAUCGCUAUCCCACCACUAUCAACCCUUCCUCCAGGUUUAGGUCCAGUUCCAACACCUGCACCUCCACAUCAGUUUCCACAAAUUACUUUUACAACAGCUGGCUUCGGAAAUAUCUCUACUCCUGCCAUAUCAUCUAUUCCAGUUACUCAAACUGCUCUUGCAACAGCCAAUAUUGUUUCUAACACUGUACCUGCUCCACCUCUCACAGUAAAUGCUCCUACAUUGUUACCAGGCCUAGCAUCCCUUCCUUCAGCACUCAACAAAAUAGGUCCACCUCCUAAUAAUUUAUUAACAGUCAAUCAACCCCAGCCAGUAACACAGCCUAUUGAUGUUGCAACUCUCUUCCAAAAACUUGUCAGUGUGGGUAUUAUUCCAAAUAAUGCUGUCAAAAAAGAAAAGGAAGAGCCACCUGAAAAGGAAAAAGAACCAGAACCUGAAGUUGUUCCAGAUUUAACUGAUUUCAAAACUGCUGAAUUAAAAAUAAAAUAUGUACAGUUUAUUAAUGAGAUAUAUGAUGGCAUCCAGUGUUCUUCAUGUGGUAUACGGUUCACCGUUGAUGAUACAGAGAAAUAUCGAGAACAUCUUGACUGGCAUUUUCGGCAAAACAAAAAAGAAAAAGAUGAUUAUAAAGUUGCUAAAUACAGGAAAUGGUAUUAUGAGAUUAAUGAAUGGAUCCAGUAUGAAGAAAUUCAAGAUGAUGAAGAGAAAAAUCGCAGCAACUUUUUUGAAAAUAUGCUGAAUUCUGUUCAAGAACCAUCAUUUGUUGGAGCUCAAGGAAAUAAGGUUUUGCAAUGUCCAGCUGCCACUGGAAAUGACACAGAUGAUGUCUGUGAUAUUUGUAGUGAUCCUUUUGAACAGUUUUGGAAUGAAGAUGAAGAAGAAUGGCAUUUAAGAAAUGCUAUACGUGUGGAGGGAAAGACUUACCAUCCUGUUUGCUAUGAAGAUGUAAAAGAGAAUAUUGAACAAACAUCAGCAGAUGUCUCUUUAGAUACACCAGAAAAAAAUCCUCUUGAAGAACAACUUUCCAGCUCUGCACCAAAAACCGAUGUUGCUACAGCUGAAAGUACAACAAGUGAAUCACCAUCAUCCACUACAGUAACUGCUGCGACUACUUCAGUAAAAACUGAAGAUUCAAGUGAAAUUUCUGCAGAAUCAACGACAGCUUUAGUAGAAGUAACAACAGCUGUGGUAUCUAGUACUAAUACAGCUACCACAUUGGAUUCUAACAUCACAGCUCAACCUAUCACCACAAUUGUUAGUUCUUCUGGGUUAAAACAAUCCAGUCUGUAGAACGGUUUCCUUUAGUGACAUAAGAACAUUUCUGAUGCCUACACCAUUAUUUCUCUGCUGGCAAGAAAUACCUUCAUAAAAAUGAUGCGCAUCAGUGCUAUUUAAUUCAUCUCUCAAGGACAAUGCUGUUCGUUAACUACUGUUUAAAAACCAUAUAUCCCAUUUGAAGUCAUCUUUUUUCUUCGUCUUCCCUCUUUCUCUUCUGAAGCAUUCACAAUGUCUGCCUGAAGUAUACCUUUAGAGUAAGAGGUGAGAAAAUUGUAUGGUUGUUAAGUGUUUACUUCUGUUUUCUGGCCAAUGUAUAAAUAUGAGUUGCUUAUUUAUGUCAAGGCCAAUGUGAUACAUGUUACUGUGAUGAAUAUUCCAAGGAAAGGGCUGUGAUACAUAUUUCUUCCAUGGCAGCAGUGUAAACGGGUAAAUUAAUAAAACCAAUUAUGAAAGAAAAGGAA